AUGGACUCGUUCAAAGCAAAACUUAAGAGGGGUCGGAGUGUCUUGAGGGACGGCUUCAAGAGAGAUAGCAGGAGUACUUCGGCCAGGAGUUCCAUCACUGGGACUAGCGCGGCUACAUCAACGCGCGGCUCCCACGAUGAAAGACCAACUCAGGUCACUACGGAUGGAGAUUUGGGUAAAGCUCAGAUCGGAGCAGGAAACCCUCUUCAAAAGACACCUGCCGUGGUGGAUUCUGAAGACAAAUCUCAAAAACCAGCCGGGUCUGUCGUGGCUACCUCGACUCCUAAUAUUUCAGUUCCCGAAGUGGUGGUGACUUCUCAUUCUUCCGCAGUGGAUAUAUCAAAAAGGAAGGAAGGCCAAACCAUCGAGACAGUUCCUUACUCUACGGUGUCGUUGACCACGGAAGAAGCGGGACCCCAACAAGCCAUCUCUGUCCCACUAGCAACACCCCCACAAGGAACUCAACCCAGUAUUGAGAGUUCCAAACUUUGGCAAGAUGCGUACAAGAGUCUCAGAAAGGACCAACCAGGGUUGGUUAAGAAUUAUGAGAUAAUCCUCAAACAUGCGGCAAACAUUCCCCAGAAGGCCGAUAUCCGAGAGGAGGUUGCAAAGGUUGUAUCCUUCCAGAAAAUGAAGAUGGAGAACGGGCAGUGGUGUUUCCAAUGGAAUGAUAAGCCACAGAAGAUCCGAGAUGUCAUCCACAAGAUUCUCAAAAUCACUGACAAGGCGGCCUGUCUCGUCCAAAUGGCAAUGACAUAUGCGCCGCCAUAUGUCUCGAUACCAUGGGCUGCAAUCGGAGCCAUUCUGCCUUUCAUGCUGAAUGGCUUUGCCGAAGAGGAAGACGCCAUCUUAGGCAUUGAAAAAGUCGCGAGAAUCAUUUCAAGCUACCGCAUUGUCGAAGAUGCAUUCUUACUCAACCCCCAAUUCGCACAGACGUAUUCAGAGGCAGUUUUGCCUCUCUACGUCAAAGUCCUAGAGUAUCAAGCCGUCGCCGCCCAGCAUUUUGGUCACCACACCUUGACUCGCUUCGGAGCCAGCAUGGUGAAAGCAACGGGCUGGAGCGAUGCUCUUGCGGAGAUUGAGGGACUUGACAAUAGGAGUCGAGGCUCGGUUUUGCAUUUGGGGAUUCAGGCUCAGCAGAAGGGGUUUGAACAGAUGCAAGGGAAUUUCGGGGAGUUGGUCAAGAUGUUUGAGAAUCGAGAUGAUGUUUUGAAGGCGUACUUGAAGGAUUUCUUUGUUCACAAGGGGGAGGUCGAGCAGUUGUUGACUGAUCUCUCUACUAUUCCAUACAAGCAAGACCACAGGGAUGUUCGCAAGGAGCUUGGAUCUGCCUACUUCGGGUCCGGUCAAUGGCUCCUCAAGCAUGAAACCAUCGCAGGCUGGCGUGAUUGGAAAGCAAACUUUGAUGUUAUGUGGCUCGAGGGUAGUGUCGGAACUGGAAAAAGCUCCUUGACGUCCAUGCUCCUCGAAGAUUUCGCAAAGACGCCUUCCGGAAACCUGGGUUUCUUCUACUGUUCGAAGAAAGCAGCCAAGAAAGAUCAACAGUUCAGUGCUCGUGACAGUGUAGAGAAUAUUCUACGUACCCUGAUUAUUCAACUUUCGAUGUCAUCAGACGGCAGUUCAAUAUCUGACGAGAUUCGCGAAUAUCACACUCGCAGCAAACAGGGAAUACGCGGGGGUGGCAUGGAAUUAGCAGACUGCAUCACUUUACUGGAAGGGAUUGUUGCUAAAGAAGACCGACCCCGAAUCACCAUUGUUAUUGACGCCUUGGAUGAAUGCGUCAACUUCAAUAAACUCCUCGAAAUCUUGCAGCAAGUCUUCGUUUCCCAAGACGGUGUUCGGAUUUUCUUUUCCAGUCGCUUCGAUGUUGAUGUUCAUCGCCACUUUCCCAACGCUCAGAAGAUUGUCAUCGAACAGCAGAACGGGCCAGAUAUACUCAAGUACAUCGAUACCGAGAUUUCGGAGAGGAGAGUCGGUAGUGGCUUGACUGAUAAACAGGCUUCUGAGCUGAAGUCAAUCGUCAUGCGUCGUCACGAAGGAAUGUUCAUCUGGGUUGUUCUUGUCAUCGAUGAUAUUCUAGAUGAGAAUGAAGAAGAUCGUGCUCAGAUGGAGGAAGAUAUACAGAUUAGAAUUGACGCCCUGAGGGAUUCCGAUGAAACCGACAUAGAGAAAAUGCUGAGCACCGCAUACGAUAGUGUCUAUAUUAAAGCAAUUGGAAAGGGGAAGCAACCUACUCGGCGGCACAUAGUGGAUGUUGCGCUCAAAUGGACUCUCUGUUCAUUCCGCCCACUCACUCUCACCGAACUUACUUACGCAAUUUCUAUUAAAAAAGACGGAACCUUGAUGAAAAAUAUCCAGGGAGGAAUGAUUCUUGAUUUCUGCAGCAAUUUGCUGCUCGAGGGAUCCGGUGGCAUCGUUAGAUUCGCGCAUCUGUCGGUGAAGCAUUAUGUGGAACGGAAGGAGCCACCCGACUAUUCUGCCCUUGAAUCACAUGCUCAGGCAGCCACUAGCUGUCUCUUCUUGAAGAACUCGCCGCAGUAUCAUGAAAUUACUACCAGUACACUUGAACUGUCAUAUCGCGCGCAUGGUUCUGUCGGCAAAAGCUUCUCAAAUUAUGUCAAGACAUAUUGGGCCCGACACUGCCGAGAAGCAAAGCAAAGUGCAAUUGAAGUAGAAGAUUCCGGACAUGGAGAUAUUGGACAGAACGGCAUUGAGGAUUUAAUCAAUGGGUUGGAAAAUCUUAUCAAUCAAGACCAACCAGCCACAGUACACAAUGUCAGCAAAUCCUCGAAUCAUGGGUCAGAAAUGCUUCGAGAUGCAAUACAAGACAACGACGAAGAGACAGUCGAGAUUUUAAUAGCUGUGAAUGCUGAUGUCAAUGCACGCGACGAAUUCGGGAACACUCCCCUCCACGAAGCUGUUCGUUGGAAUCGGCUCGUAAUACUGGAAAGACUUAUAGAUGUCGAGGCAGACUUGAACGCUCGAAACCUCAAUGGUGAUUCGCCCCUUCACUUCGCCGCCUUCUGGGGAUUUGAAGAGAUAUUGCAAGCAUUGAUAUCGACAGGCGCCGAGCGAAGCGUGCGCAACCAAAGAGGAGAAACAGCUUUGCACAUCGCUGUCAUUCAAAAGCACAAGGAGAUCGUACGCACCCUCCUUGUCGCUGGUGUCGAUAAGAACGCGACCGACAACUGGGGUAACAAUCCACUGCAUUAUGCUAAACUGGGAAAAGAGAUUACGAAGGAUGACUCAAUUUGCAACUUAUUAGAGCCUCCAGUGGAUAAAAAUGCAUCAUCCUACAAAACUCCACCGAUUAUAGUACCUGGCCUAUGCGACUAUUGCGAUAUCAUUCGUUGGAUAGACAAAUCCCCGAAAAUCACUUUUCAUAAGCAUUGGCCCUCCUACGAUGAUCUGAAAAGUUCAGCAAAUAGUGGAUGUAGUUUGUGUGGUCUGUUACUUCGGGAAUUUGAUGCUCUCGACUGUCAAAAUAUAUUGAAAAGUGACCCAUCUGAAAUAUCAAUUUCGCUACAACUGGUCUCUCGCCAGGCGUUCUCGGAUAGCGACAAUGACAAACUCAAGGCCACAAUGGGUGGGACCUUGGAAGUUGAGUUUGAAUUCUGCCUAGAUCCAAAAACGGAUCUCGGUCCUUUGAAAAGCGAAAUAUCCGGAAGGCUGAUAGCCCCGAAGCCUUCUGAUCAAUCGUGCUUUGACUUGGUCAAGACAUGGCUGGACGACUGCGCAAAGAACCAUUCCCAAUGUGUCAUGGAACCUAGCACUCUUCCAACUCGCAUCAUAGAUGUUGGACCCCCGGAUGGCUCCAAGGAGCCAUUUCUCUACCUGCCCAAACCUGGUGAAGUUGGGAACUACCUGUACCUUUCGGCCAGAAGAAGUGGGUUCCUCGAUGGUGGCUGUCUACUCAUGUCAAACUUGCAAGAUCUUUAUAAGGCUAUGCCACUACUGUCGCUUCCCAGGACAUUCAAAGAUGCUGUCAUAAUCACACGCCGACUUGGAAUACAAUACUUAUGGAUAGACGCCUAUUGCAUCUUGCAGGAUACUCGUGAUGACUGGGUGCUCGAGUCUACCAAAAUUGGCCAAUAUUUGAGGAACUCAACCUUUACUCUAAUAGCAGCCUCAGCAACAGGAUCUCAGCAUGGCAUAUUCGAAGAGAGACAGUUCUAUGAGCCUCUGCUACGGCUUCCAUGUCAUGAAGUUCCAACUGCGAACACGUCCGGUCAACCCUGGACCGGCAAUCUUUACCUCCGAAAACCUACAAAAUCCGCAUUAGAGGCCAUGUCCUCCAGCGUUUUGCAAAGAGGCUGGAUGGUACAAGAGCUCGUUUUGCCAGAACGCAAUGUAAUCUUCGGCAACGAACAAAUUUAUUGGAACUGUCAAAGACUAUCCCGAGCCGAAGACACGAUAUGCCACCAGAGGCCGAUCUUACGACUGAACGGUAGUCCUAACGGUGCUACUCCCAUCGCCGGCGAAGACUACACGCGCGAGUUCACCGAACGCUGGUACUAUCUCGUCGAAGUCUAUUCUGGCACCAUCUACGCCCGCUCCACAGACAGACUCCCCGGGCUCUCGCACAUGGUCAAACACAUGCUGCAGCAGAUCAACACAACAUACCAUGCCGGUCUCUGGCGUUCCAGCUUCCACCGCGGUCUUCUCUGGCGCGCGAAAUCCAUCGGUCCCGCGCAGCGCUUCCAGGACUACAUCGCACCCAGCUGGAGCUGGGCCUCCCUUAAUGCCCCGGUCUCCUAUACGCUCGGCCUGAACGAAUCGAGUGGGAGUACACACGAUGCCGAGAUCCUCGAUAUCCAGAUCUCGACGCCGGCCUCAAACACCACCGGCGUCGUUGAUUCGGGAUCUCUCACGCUCCGCGCUCUGUCUCGUAGUAUCUCCAAAACGAACAUACCGAAAGGCUGUAAUCACUACUUUGACGAUGCGGGGUUCGAAGCGGAGUGGCGGGGUGGGAUGGAGUUUGUGCAUAUUGUUGGGAAAUGA